AUGGAUGGGAAUGCGGCACAACGGAACUUUACCAUCGACCAAUAUGUCAAUCCAUGGAUUCCUCGGCCACCUUGGGCUUACCUCCCAUAUCCGGUGGCUCACUUUCUAGGCUACCGAUCGAGCCCGCGCCGCGAUGCAGGCUACAUUGUCACGAUUCUUUGGGCAGCUGUGGGUGUAUUCACUGGCUUAUUGCUCAUCGAAAUCACCGGGCGGUAUAUACCUUCAUUUCAACAACACGAUGCACCUGUAAUCAUUGGCAGUUUCGGUGCCGCAGCCGUCCUUGAGUUUUAUGCCAUCGACUCCCCGCUUGCACAACCCCGAAAUGCUGUAUUUGGACAAUUACUCGCUUCAAUCAUAGGUGUCGGUAUUCGAAAGCUGUUCGAAAAGGGCGAAAGUUUACAGAAUCUCAUGUGGCUUGGUGGCUCUGUCAGCUGCGCCUUGGCGACAGCAGUCAUGGCACUUACCGGCACGGUACAUCCACCUGCUGGUGCAACCGCACUGCUGGCUGUAGUUGACAAUAAUGUCGCUGCAAUCGGCUGGUUCCUUUUGCCAGUGAUCCUCCUUGGAUGCGUAUUGAUGCAAAUCGUUGCAUUAUUGCUCAAUAAUGUCCAUCGGCGCUUUCCAUUGUAUUGGUGGUCACCUGAAGAGGUUGGGUAUGGCUGGAGUAAUGAAGAUUCCAGAGCAAAAGAUACAGAGAAGAAUGACCUGUGCGACUCAAGUCGCGCCGAGGCUCGAGCAUCGCACCACACAUUUGUGCAGCUUGUCGUGAGCAGGGAGCAUUUACAUGUACCAGAGACGGUGUACAUAACCCCGGAAGAGUUCGCUGUUCUAGAGGCGUUGAGAGCGAGAUUGUGA